AUGGUGACUGAAGGUGGUGAUGAUGACACUGAUGAUGAUAACAGCGAUGCUGAGACAGUGAUGUUUUUGCUGUACCGAUUGUUGCUACUGUGUCAUCGAAUACAGUGGGAGAGGCUACCAGAAAUGAAUAAUAUUCAUUUGGGCUAUUUGGAGUUUGCAUCAACUUCGCAGCAGUGUCGCAUUUCCUCGGAUAACAAAGCCUGA